AUGCGACCGACCGCCAAAGCGAACCUGGCUAUCGGCCAUGCGGCGGCACUAGCAAUCCUGGUGUCGCUGGCCACGGUCGGUGCCAUUCCGACCUCGGUGUUGGCGGACUCGAAGGACACCAACGGUGGCCAUCGCGAUGUAACGGCUUCCCCGGGGCAGAAUCAGCUGACCACCGAUGAUGCCUCGUACGGCGACGACCGGUCAGGUCCAACGAAUCCUCAGAAGCGUGGAGUGAACCCGCUGCUCUACCGGGAGACCGAACUACGGAACGACUUUUCCGGCAACUCCAUCCCGCAGAACGGGGUCUGGGAGGAUGUCGGUGUACCGUUGCCGGGCAUGCCGUACCCGAUGGAACUGUUCGAUGCACCCAUGGAGCCGGGCCCACUCGAACGGUACGGCUCACAGCAGCAGCAGCAGCAGCAGCGGACGUACGAUGUGCUUCAGAGCCUGCUGAACCGGCCACCCUCGUACAAUCCACUGUUCGUCGGCCGACCCGUGUCCGGUGGGUACCCGGUACGAAUCCACGGUGGUUCCGGCGGCGCCGCCGGUUACGGCGAACGUAAGAAGCGCACGUUGGCAACCGGAAAGUCGCACUCCCGCCUGAUGCGCCUGAAGCGCAGCUCGGGUAAGCUGUCACCGGCCGAAGUGUUUUCCCUGCUAGCCCUGAUGGAUUCGCGCGAUCCUUACCGACCAUUGUCCGACUACAUCGCGGACGAGCAGACGAACGAGGGGUUGGCUUACGCACCGAACGGAAUGUAUCCGGAUGUGGCACUACCGUUGGCCCUGGAGCAGCUUCUCGGUGCCCGGGGUGGAGCUCUGCCGGUGGAUGGCUACGCGUACGAUGAUGCCGGCGAGUGGAUGAACGGAUGGACGGAACCUUCGGUGGACUAUAUGGGUAUUCCGAUGGCGGAUUUGGAUGCUCUCGGUGCGCUCAGCGAUGGCAAAGGCUUUGGCUCAAUGAAUGGAUACCUGCCCCAGAAACGCUUCAUGGUGUCGAAGAAAAAGCGUAGCGUGUCACAGGCAACGUCAACGCACGCCGGCCACCAGCAGCAGGGAGGAACGAUACAAGCUGCCGCUUGA